AUAGAACCACAUCAGCUGCAGCAAAGUCUGUCAGCUGGUUCUCCAGGCUCUUGGACUGUAGAACAAGUGACCGUUGUAGUUGAGGUUCGUAGAGGCGAUUCUGCCCUUUCCGCGAUUCGCGAAGAGAACCGAGACGUGCACGUUAUAUGAGUCGAGCUUCGCUAGCAACGACCGUAUCUAUCGCCAUUCGCAAAUCGUUGGCGAAAUAUCUCGGACGACGCAUGUCCUGAUUAUGUAAAGAGUUCAGGACAAGUCGCGUGCUCUCGUGGCAGCCUUGUAGAGCAGCAACGAUGACGAGGAAUACACGUCUUAGAAGCGUCAGGGUCUGAGUGGCUAACUCGGCUUAGCUCGUAAAGCUUACCAGGCGCACGGUUGGAUCUGUGGGUUAUUAGUCUGGUUUGUGGAGGACCAGCUACAAUGUCUUUCUUCUCGCGGCUUAUAAAGGGGUCGCGUGUAUCGGAGGAUCUGGACCAGGAGUACCCCGUUAGGAAGGAUGUUGAUGUCAGCCAAGUCAGCAAGUUCCGUCCGCGGGUGAAGAAGCGGCUGUCAAAGGAGAGGUGGGAGGCGUGUCUGGACGAGUUCGGCCGGGUGUGGGCCAUAGAUGCGGCGCUCAAGCACAUACAGCGAGGGGGCAUAGAGCCGAGCAUUCGAUCGGAGGUGUGGCCGUUUCUCCUGGGGCUCUUCUCGCCCAACAGCACGUACGACGAGAGGGACGCCAUGCGGGAAGCCCGCAGGAACUUCUACGCGCACCUGAAGCACGAGUGCAACGAGAUUGACCCGGUGGUGGGCAGUGGGGUCGUGGUGGACUUCCCUCGCGUGCUGGAGGACGGCUCCAACGUGCCCGUGCCCUCCUACUACCAAGGCCCUGAUAUUGACACCCUCUCCACUCCUGCUGCUGCUGCUGCUGGUGCUGUUGCUGAUGGUACCGGUGCUGGUGGUGCUGGUGGUGGUGGUGGUGGUGAUCGUGAGGCGAAUGGUGGAGGGAGGGAAGGAGGGGGGGGGAGGGAGGGAGGGGAGGGGCAGAGCCCGGUGCUGACGGCGCGGCAGAAGCUGGUGCGGAGGGUGGGGGAGGAGCGCAUCCGCAAGUGGCGGCUGGGGCUGCACCAGAUAGGCGUGGACGUGCAGAGGGCGGACCGCACGCUGGUGUUCUACGAGGAGGAGGGCAACAGGUCGAGACUCAUGGAGGUGCUGGCGGUUUAUUCAUGGUUCGACCCGGAAGUGGGGUACUGCCAAGGCAUGAGUGACCUCAUGUCGCCUUUCAUCGUCACCUUCCCCAACAACGCCGAUGCCUUCUGGUGCUUUGAGCGCCUCAUGCGCCCCAUUCGGAGCGACUUCAUGGGCACAUCGGCCAGCAUCGGCGUGCAGAAGGAGAUUGACAACCUCAAGAAUAUCACUAGAGUGCUCGACCCGGAGCUCUACGCUCACCUAGACGAGAUCGGCGCGGGCUCCAUGUUCUUCACGGUGCGGCCCAUCAUGGCCAUGUUCCGGCGGGAGCUGUCCUUUGCCGACUCCAUCUACUUCUGGGAGAUGAUGUGGUCAUGGGAUUAUGAUGCCAGGGACGCUGACUUAUUGGCCAUGGCGGACCAGUCCGUGCUGCACCACACCAUGCACCUCUCGCACUCCGUCCUCUCCCCCACGCCCUCGACCAAGCCUCUUUUGCCGCCGCCACCACCGCCGCUGCCGAAGCUGCCGCUGCUGUCACCUCCUCCGAGGGCUCUGGGGUCGUUGGCAUGCCGUCCGAUGCUGCCAAGGCUGCUGCCAGCGCUGCUGCCGCUGCUGUGGUGACUAGGGCUGGGGGCGGGGAGGAGGAGGAGCAGG